UGUCGGUCAGUCGAAUACUCGUGUUACAAAUAUAAAGGAUUGACGCAAGACUUUCUGGGGUGAUCAAAGGCACUCGAUUUUUUUUAUCGAAUCAUGAGAUCUCUACUGAUCGAUACCAGUAUAGUGACGGCGUGCGUUUUUGGCAUCUUGGUGUCCACUUAUGGGUUCUACGUGUCCAUGAAAUUGGAGUCCAAUCCUAGUUAUAGAGCAUUAUGUGACCUGUCAGAAAAUUUCAGCUGCUCAAAGGUCCUGACCUCGAGGUACUCAAAAGGACUGGUGUUCCUGAACACAGAAUAUCUGAUGGUACCGAACACUGUUUACGGGAUUUUGGUUUACUGCGCCCUCAUACUCCUAUCAAAUUUUGAACAAUGGGCGGCCCUGAAAUUUCAACUUCUUCUGGCUUUUGGAUCGUUUGCCACCUGCUUCUACCUGCCAAUCUGCAUUUUGUGUAUUUUAAAACAGUUUUGUGUUGUAAGUUUUACGUUAUACGCCAUCAAAAUGAUAAUUUUUGCUUUAGUUUUACAGAAAUAUAAAAUACGUAGAAAUAAACUCAAAUCGUCAAGUUGCCGGCUUGGCGGGAACUCGUGUGAUAAGGAGGCCUUUAUCAGGUCUAAAACUCAAACAAUGUUACGAAGGGUGAAUCGAUCGAUUAUUUCAACAUGUAUUUUUGGAGUGCUAGUGUCCACUUAUGCUCUUUACGUGGAAAUGGCUGUGGAGGCGAAACCGGGCUAUAAAGCUAUGUGUGACUUUGCUCCGCACGCUAGCUGCACGAAGGUUUUAAGUUCACCAUAUGCCAAAGGCUUAGGUUUGGUUCCAGAGGACUCAAGUUGGAAAUUGCCAAACUGCCUGUAUGGGAUUUUGUUUUACUGCUUCUAUAUAUUUUUGAGUACUUUUGACGACCCGCGCGUGGUACGAUUCCAGCAGGCUCUAUCUUUAGUAUCGUUAGCGUUGUGUGUUUAUUUAGCCUAUAUUCUUGUUUUUAUUCUCAAAGACUUUUGUAUAGUUUGUGUAACUACCUAUAUGAUUAACAUUUUCCUCACCAUACUGUUCGCUAAAAAGUACAAACUGUUGUGCACAAAAGCGAAAUAAUUUAUAGGGCAAUGUUUGGCAAUGUUUCUUCGUUUUAACGCGCUGUUCUUAGGAAGUAGUUUUUAGAAUUGAUAAUGCUUUUUGUGUGUCACGGUGUUUUGUGUGCAUUUAAUUAGGAAGACUCUAAGCUAUAAUGUGAUAUCACACUGCGACGAAUCGGUGGAAGUUUUGUGGUAGGUAGUAAAAGUAUAAAUA